ACAAAAAUCCCAAUUGGCCAAGCGUUGUUACCAAGGAUUGGUUGUUACGUCAGUUACAGAAAAUUCCAUUGGAUGAAAUAAACCCUUAAACUCGUAUUAGCACUUUCAGAAUCAGAAUAACCAAAUAUUUUUAAAUUUAUUCUAUGCUAAUAUUUAAACAUUUGUGUGGUUCUGUUUACAAAAAAAAUUCCAGUAUUUACGGAAACGACCUCUUUGACGUCAACACUUCACUUCCGGGUUGCGUGUACUCGUGUGGCAGGAGCAUGGCGGCCAAAACCAAGAAAAGUAAAAAGUCCUAUGCGGCUAAAAAAACGAAAAUUAAUCACGAGGAGAACGAAAAGGAAACAGAAAACUGCGGCAAAGAUGACAGUGAAGACGAUGAAGACCCGGUGGGGCACGACGGGUUCAGUCUGGAGGAAGUUCUGCUGCUUGGUGGUACUCGGGCCGACUUCACGCUCCUGAGCACCCUGGACGUUUCCAACGAGCUGGUGGAUGGAGGAAAGAAAGGUGCCAUAGAUGACCUGGAGGAAGGUGAACUGGAGAACUUCAUUGCUAAAUUGGGCAUUCGGGAGCUUGCUGGCCAGCAGAUCAUCCAGGAUGAGAUUGAGGACAAAGUCAUUUCCGAGAACGCUGGCAAAAAGUCCAAAACCAAGAAGGAAAAACCUUGCAACAUACAGGAGGGGACUUCAGAGGAGCAGCAGAACAAGAGCAAAGCUGCUCAGGUGAAAAGAGUCAAACAAAACGUUUUUGAGUUCCAGCAGAGAAACACCGUGCUGGUCAAACCUGGCGGGAAAUGGCACAACCUGGACUACAGUGCUGAGGGCUCAUCAGCCCCCCAGGAUCCCAGCGUGGUGAUGCAGUACAAGACGCUGGCCCAGCAGCUCUUUCAGGCCGACGUGGAGCUCUACAAGAGCAAGAAGAAGCUGCAGAAAGGAGCCAACUCGGCCUGGAUGAAGACGGUGGUCUCCUCUGGCGUGCUGGCAGACAGGAUGGCAGCAAUGACGGUUCUGAUCCAGGAUGCUCCGGUGCACAUGCUGGAGCACGUGGAGAGCCUGGUGUCCAUGGUGAAGAAGAAGGGCAGCCGCAGGAUGGGCCUGAUGGCUCUGGACACGCUGCGAGAGCUACUCCUGUCUGACCUACUGCCAGAGAACAGGAAGCUCCGCCCCUUUGACCAGCACCCCUUCGAUAAGCUGGAGGAGCUGGCCAGCGGCAACCAUGACGCCCGUGACCGCCGCCUCAUACUGUGGUACUUUGAGCACCAGCUGAAGCACCACGUGGCGCAGUUUGUAGCAGCACUGGACGAGGUGGCUCACGACACGGUGGCCGCCACCAAGGCCAAGGCGCUGACCACCGCCCACGAGCUGCUGUGCCAGAGGCCCGAGCAGGAGAAGGCGCUGCUGGUCCAGCUGGUCAACAAGCUGGGCGACCCCGAGUACAAGAUGGCCGCCAAGGCCUCGCACCUGCUAGAGACCCUGCUGCACAAACACCCCAACAUGAAGGUGGUGGUGUGCUGCGAGGUGGAGCGCCUAAUGUUCCGUGCCAACAUCAGUGCCAAGGCUCAGUACUACGCCGUUUGCUUCCUGAGCCAGGUCCGGCUGAGCCACGAGGAGUCCCAGCUGGCUGCCAAGCUCAUCACCAUCUACUUCUCCUUUUUCCGCGCCUGCGUCAAGAACAAGGACGUGGACUCCAAGAUGCUGAGCGCGCUGCUGUCUGGCGUCAACCGGGCGUACCCGUACGCCAGUGCCGGCGAUGAGAAGGUCAAGGAGCAAAUGGACACGCUCUUCAAGGUGGUCCACCUGGUGAAGUUCAACACGGCAGUGCAGGCACUCAUGCUGCUCUUCCAGGUGAUGGAUGCCCAGCAGAGCGUCUCUGACCGCUACUACACGGCCUUGUACAGGAAGCUGCUGGACACGGGCCUGUCCACGUCGUCCAGACAGAACAUGUUCCUGAACCUUCUCUACAAGUCUCUGAAGGCCGACAUCGUGCUGCGGCGCAUCAAAGCCUUCAUCAAGCGUCUGCUGCAGGUCAGCGCCGAGCAGGGCGCCCACUUUGCCUGCGGCGCCCUCUUCCUAGUGUCGGAGGUCAUGAAGGCCAAGCCGGCCCUGAAGACGCUGCUGCAGGAGGAAGGAGAUGGAGAAGAAGAAUUCAAAGACAUCGCUGAAGACCACCACCAUCAUCAUGAUGAUGAUGAAGAGGAGCGCUUCACAGAUGCAGACAAGCCACAGGAAGCGGCGGCGCCAAAGGAGUCCAAGCCUGCUCCAUCAUGGGUCCAUCACCAGAACCUUGAAGGCGGGAAGUGUGUGCAGAAGUACGACCCGCGACACAGGAACCCACUUUUCUGUGGCGCCGACCGUACCACCCUAUGGGAACUCCAACAAUUGUCGCUGCACUUCCACCCGUCAGUGUCGCUCUUCGCUAAAACGCUCCUGCAGAAUGACUUCAUCAUGUAUUCGGGAGACCCCCUGCAGGACUUCACCCUCAUUCGCUUCCUGGACAGAUUUGUCUUCCGAAACCCCAAACAGCUGAAGGGCAAACAGAACACAGACACGGCGGUGGUUCAGCCCAAGCAGAGAUGGCGUUCACAUGUGGCCUCGUUGCCAGUGAACAGUGAAGAGUUUCUGUCUAAAGAAGAAAGUCAGAUUCCUGUGGAUGAAAUCUUCUUUUAUCGAUUCUUCCAGAAGCGUCAGCAGGAGAAGCGUCUACGUCGGCCACGAGCAGACGGCGAUGAUGACAGCGUGGAGGAUGUUGAUGAUGACGAGUUUGACAAGAUCCUUGACUCCUGCGAAGGAGACUCGUACUUCACGGAGCAGCCAGCAGAAGACUUGGACUUUGCAGGGAACAUGUCGAGCGGUAAAAGGAAAAAAGGCGCGAAAGAACCGGACGACUCAGAUGACUCAGACUUGGACGACCUGGACGAUGAGGAGGUGUCCCUGGGCAGCAUGGAUGAGGAGGACUUUGGGGAGGAGCUGGGGGACGAAGGAGGAACCUUCAUGGAUUCUGGAGGAGAUGACGACGUAGACAUUCCAGAACUUGAAGACGACGACGAUGUUGAUGAAGACAUGGCCGUUCCUGAGGUGACGCCGCAUUCAAAGGCGGUCAAAAGGAAGUCGACGGAGGAGCAGGACUUUUCUGAAACUUUUGGUUCCAAACGAUCAAAGAAGAUGAAGAAGAAGGGACAAAAAGACACGGCCAUGUUUGCAUCUGCAGAGGAGUUUGGCUGCCUGCUGGACGACAACGCUGGUGCCAAGUUUGACAACAUCGGACUGAACGCCAUGGCCAACGCUGACAAAGCAGGCAUCAAGCAGCUCAAGUGGGAGAGUCAACGUGACGACUGGAUCCACGACCGCGACGCCAAGACGCUGCGCAGGAAGAAGACGGUCUUCAAAAAGAGGAAGCAGAUGGGCCGGCCCAGGACAGCGGGUGGGAACAGAAACAGGAAGAGGAAGUAGUCAUAUAUAACCUUUGACGUCAUGACUGAUUGACAGUGCUGUCCUGAAUCCACCAAGGCUCUGUUUUCUUCAUUCUUCAUUGAAGACACAAAAAGCAUCAUGGACAAAGGUGGUGCUGAUGCAAUGAGGAUUUUUAAGGGUCAGCAUCUGUGUAUGGACCCAAAGCGCCCCCUUCAGGCCAAUAAAUCUUUCAUUCACCUUCUAGAAUGGAUGGAAAUGUUUUCUGUUCAUCAUGUGAAGACAAACUGUCAUUAAAUAAGUGAAAUUGUUCAGUCAUACAGUGGUGAAACAUUUUUAAAACAUUGUUUUUCAUAACUAUCUGCUCGUCUGACACUGUAAAGUAUGUAUGUUUAUGCAUUCGUUUAAAUACAUUCAGUAUAAUAUAUUUCUGACUGGAAAGACCAUUGAACAAAACAGCACAAUCCCUGUCAACGUUUUGGUGGAAAAGGAGCUUCAGUGACACGUUAAUUCCAGCUUAAGUUGGAUCAUAAAUUAAGUUCAGCCAGCUUUCGGCCCACAGGUUUUUUUUUUUUUGGCCCUCUGCAUAGUAAAAAUAAAAUGAAUGUUUUGUUGUAUUGACCUACACUGGCUUGCUUUUAGCAUCUUUAAUGUAGAAAAUGUAUCAUUUGUAUGCAUGCAUGCAACCCUCACUGGAAAAUGGCCGGCAGCUCAUCAGUCAACUUUGUGAGUGAACUUAAGGGGCCACCAACCUUUUUGAAACAGAGCGCUACUUCUUGGGUACUGAUUGUGAAGAGCUACCAAUUUGAUACACACUUCUGAAAUAAUUGAUAUUCAUCUAUGUAAAGACACUGAUCAUGUUAAUGAUUCCUCACAAUAGCAAUGAAUUAA